AUGUACCUGGGAUCACCGUGUGAGUUCACGUGCAACCCGAAACUACUCCACGUGUACUGCGACCCUACGAGCGCCUCGUGUCAAUGCGACCCGAAGCAUCCAGUCGCGCUCGGCGUGGCCACAGGAUGUGCCAAGGCAAAGAAACUUGGAGAGCAAUGUUUUUAUCGUCAAACGUGCCAGGCAUUCGACGCUCACUCGUCGUGUGUGCAAGUCAACCAUAACGCGUAUUGCCAGUGCGAUCCCGGUUACCACAGCACUAGUCACAGUAGGCCUACGCACAGGGUCUUCUGCACUGAAGAUCUGGUGUUGCUGACGGCUGACAUGCCGACGCUGCUGGGUGUAGCGUCGGGUAUCUUCGUUCUCGGGGGGCUGUUGUGUAUGGUGCUGCAUCUAUACACCAAAGCGCGCUACCACCCUACACAUCUUGCCGAUGCACGACUAACUCCGCCCUGCUUGUACUCGCUCAAUGAUACGGGUGGCACGCUGAGUGCGACACGGGCAUCUUCCCGAGCAUCGUCCCGCAGCGGCUGCACUAGCGGUACCCUAGACUUGGAGGGUGGGGGUGUGAGCGGUUCCGUCGGUUCACGGCGGACGUCCCGUCGUGGGGUGCCAGUGUCGGCGUCGCGGGCAGGUGCGGCGCGGCAGGCGGCCAUCUUGCUCAUCUCGCGCCACCUUCACGUGCGGGGUGCAGGGGUUGGAGGGGGCGGGACGCCGCUGGGGUCCUUGAGGCGGGACGGCGGCGCGCACCCGCCUAAGUGCGCCGCCAAAGGUUCGAGACGUCCAAGUCUGAGCUCAGUGCAGAGCAGUUCAUCUUCCAUCAGGAGCUACAGUGCAAAGCGGUGGGAGAGAGAAAGGGAGCAGAAGGAAAGACGACAGAUGAGCAUGCGUCUGGCUCAGCUCCAUGACAAGAUGGCGACGGGACGAGACAUGCCAAAGCAUGCCCCGACUCCAUCACCUCGAUCGCCUAACAACUCCACAGAUGGACUGCUACCGUCUGUAUGUGAGAUUAGAGAACUGAUAACGACGAAUGAGACACAGUUGCAAGGAGUCGACGGCCCCUGUUCUUCCUCAUCGCUUUACUGA